GCUCAGCGAUCACGUGAGGAGGAGCUGGGCCUGUCGCUUUGGAUGAAGCGCCGAGUGCGGCAGAGGGCGGAAGGGGAGGAGGAUCAUAGAAGGAAGGUGGAACUGGAUUCACCGGGCCGGAGCUCAGCGCAGAGACAGCUGCAGCAGGAGAACCGGGCAGCCUCAACUUCAACGGCAGGCGCAGGAGGUCCGAUGGAGCCGGGUGACCUGAGUGUCAGGCUGGGCCUCGGCGCUGUGCUGCUGUCCGCUCUGGCGGUGCUGCUGGUGGGCGGCCUCACUCUUCCGGGGGCCAUGUCGCAAGAAUUGCCGGAAAGAAGACCACCAAAACUUGAGAUGGAUCAGGCAAUUUUAAAAGUUUAUAAUGAGCUUCAUGAAGGCCUGGUAGUUUCCUGGCUAUCAGAUCACUGCUAUCAGUGUCUGUACCAGGAACUUGGAAAUGUACCUGCAGAAAAACAUCCAGGGCACCCUAAGAAUUCAACAUUUGCCAUUGACACAAAGUAUCCGGUAACAUUACAGGUGAACAGUAGUGUCGAUAAGGAAAUGUGCAGGGUGCAUGAAACCUUUGGUGAAUUUGGACAUUAUUCUUUAUGGGUGACCAAGGCAAACCUGAGUAAUGCAAGUGGACCAGUCAACUGUAAAAUCAUCAUUGACCAAGAACCCGUUAGCAACAAGCUUCCUAUUUUAUAUGCGUUCCUUGCCUAUGGUGCAUUAGCCGUUUUGCUGUGUUUAGCACAGUUAAUAAUGGGGCUUAAUUCUGUCAGGAACCUGAUGUCUAGCCUUUCGUAUCGGGUUGAGAUGGAACGGCUAAUUAAUUCUGAGUUGGGAUCAACAAACCGUGUAAUGGACAAUGCACCUCAAAGUAAUCUGGUGCCAGGACGCAAUCGGGGGCCCUACCGACUUCGUUCACUGGAUACUUUCCGAGGGCUGGCUUUGGUGAUCAUGAUCUUUGUUAACUAUGGAGGUGGGAGAUACUGGUUCUUCAAACAUGAAAGCUGGAAUGGAUUAACAGUAGCAGAUUUGGUGUUUCCAUGGUUUGUGUUUAUCAUGGGAACAUCGAUUACCCUCUCCCUGAACUCAGCUUUGCAGGCUAACUACUCUAGGUGGAGACUGUUGGGUAAAAUUGCUUGGAGAACUGCAGCCCUAAUACUACUAGGGAUCUUUAUCAUCAACCCAAACUAUUGCAGGGGACCAAUUUCCUGGGAUACCCUGCGAAUCCCUGGUGUACUUCAGAGGCUGGGUCUUACCUAUGGUGUGGUUGCUGCCAUGGAACUGCUGUGUGGAAAAUGUUGGCCUGAAAUUCUCUUUUUGGAUAGCUGGUGGUCUCCUGUCAGAGAUAUUUUGAUCUAUUGGCCCCAGUGGAUCAUGAUUCUAGUAUUGGAGUGCACUUGGCUUUGCCUGACUUUCCUUUUGCCUGUACCUAAUUGCCCACGAGGUUAUCUUGGUCCUGGAGGAAUUGGAGACUUUGGACAAUUUGUUAAUUGUACUGGAGGAGCAGCAGGAUACAUUGAUCGGUGGCUGUUUGGAGAGAAGCACAUUUAUCAGCACCCUUCUUGCAAAAUACUUUAUCACACUACAGUGCCAUUUGAUCCAGAGAACUCGCUGGGGCUAAUCAGUUCAAUUGUGAUGGCAUUUCUGGGAUUACAGGCUGGGAAGAUUUUCAUUAUUUACAAAGGUCAAAAUAAACAGAUUGUACUGCGAUUUUUUACUUGGAGUGCACUGCUGGGUAUUGUUUCAGCCAUCCUGACAAAAUGUUCAAAAGACCGUGGUUUCAUUCCAGUCAACAAGAAUUUGUGGUCCAUCUCUUACGUUACGACACUCAGUUGCUUCGCUUACAUUCUCCUCUUGCUGAUCUAUUUUCUGGUAGAUAUAAAGAAACAUUGGACUGGAGCUCCCCUUUUUUAUCCAGGGAUGAACUCCAUUUUACUGUACGUUGGACAUGAGGUGUUUAAGCAUUACUUCCCCUUCAAAUGGAAAAUGCUCGAUGACCGUUCACACGGUGAACACUUGGCCCAGAAUCUCCUUGCUACCACCAUCUGGGUUUUUAUUUCUUACAUUCUUUACAAAAAGAAGAUAUUUUGGAAAAUUUGAUCAGGGAUCAAAUUUUUUUGGCAAAUUUGUGGCGUAGAGGAGUAUAUUUUUCUAAAUGUAUGAAUAAAUGGACACUAUGUAUUUGCAUUUUGUAUUAAUAGUGGAAACACAAGUCUGUUAGUUUUUAAGUUGUCUAAUGGCCAGUAAACUAAUGAUUGUAUGACCAAUUUCUGUUAGUCCUUAGCCAGGCCUACUUAUUGCAAACUUUCACAACUGAUAUGUGCCAUCACUGCCAACUGGUUUAUUUGGACUUGUAUAAAAGUGAUGUUCUGAUCAAAGCAUUAAUGCACAAGCUCUCUGCUCCUAUAUCCCCUUGCUAUGCCAAUAUCCUAGAUUUUAUAUAUACUCGCUAUUCUACCCUAUUCAACACUUCAUCACUAGUGUUUUGGUUUUGUUUGCACAUCAACUGCCGAAUCCAGGUUGAAACUUCACCUAAGCAAAUUGGUCACAGUGGGUUUUUACUUGUGACAUGAACUUUGCAUGUUGAUUAGGAUUCCCUUGUUCACUUCUGUGUGAUGUAGCUGACCUCUUGAUGAAGAUAUGACUGCGGACUUCUAAUCGUUUAAACCACUUGAAGCAAGAAAGAGUUGGCUAACUUCAAGAUAGCAAUUAAAUUGGGAUGUGUGAAUUCAUAAAGGCAGCUUUCAAAAUUUGUCUCUUUGCUUAACAGCUGAGUUUGUGAAGAGCUCAGUGUGAGAUAUUGUAUGCUCAUUCAAGAAUGGGAAAAUGGACUGUUUGAUUACAUUUUAGAGAGAUUAUCAUUAAUGUGUUAUUUCAGGUAUUAAAUAUUGCUGACUUGGACAAUUCAAGACUUUUGAUCAGAUAUUUGAAAACCAGGGCAUUGAAAAAGAAAUUGUUUAACUUAUUUGUGUUAACUGGGAAAUUAAAUUUCAUGUGUUUUUGACUCUUUAGAAAGGUGUCUACCAAUUGCAUACAAUCAUACUAAAUUCUUGUGUGCUACAUUGCAGUUUCACCGAUCAGAUUAGUAUUUGCUGAAAAGAAAGCUUUGACAAAAUGUCUAUUUGUUUUGCAAGCAUCAGAACAGUGUGCAUGAAAUACCAAACUGAAUGGAGAACCAUGGUUUAUACUGCAUGAGACUGCUGAUUACUAGGCAAGUUGUCUCUGGUUGAGGCAUUGCCAAGGAAAAUGCACGCUGUUAAUAAUGACUAACUUAUGUUAGGGCUUUGCUUAACUAUUAAGCCAGGCAGGUUGACCGGUCAGGCAUUGUCUUGAAGCAUGACCAAGAGAAUGACUGACUGUCAACUAUUUUGUUGCAUUGAAACAGGCAAGCUGAGUACAUAAUAUUUGCUUACAAAAAUGGGGCACUGUAUAUUAAUACUUGACAGUUUAUCAGUACAUGCAAGUGCACCACUCUGCAUGUCUAACUGUCAAUCCCAAACUGUUGUCUGUGCAGUUCUUUCACAGUCAAGAUUGUUUAGCAAAUGCAAUUGAUUACUGGAAUCACAUUUACUGUUGGACAUUGUUUUGAGUUUUUUUAAGUAUGGGGCAACAUUUAGAUGUGAUUUCAUGAUUGGAUAGCAUUUGCUGGUGCACUUAGACCCAAUAUAAUUCACUUACAUGUACUGCAUGCUACACCUGUCCACAACAAAGGGCCCUGUUCUUUGCAAACAGAAUAUGUAUACACUACACCUGUCUCAAUGCAAUAAAAUAGGUGACAAGCCUUUUCUAUUUUGGUCAAGAUGCUACCCUGAGAAAUCAGUCAGUCUGCCUGGUUCAAAAUGUCACCUAAACUUGACCAUUAAUUGGUAGUUGUCAUUAACUGAUACAUUCUCUGUGCCUCUACCAAAGUUCAUUUGCUAAACUCUGAGCACUCCUCAGUAGUAUAAAUGUUGGUUUUCGCCUUUAAUUGGUUUUCUUGCAAGUUGCCCUGAUGAAUGCUCUAAAGUUUUGAUAAAUUAUGUCUCUGUGAUGCUCAAGUCCUGUACUAUCAAAUGACAGUUUCUACUUCCUGUAUCAAGUUUUGACUUGUUUACUGAUUUUCUUCAUUUGACAAUUGUACCUAAUUUGUAUUUGUUGCUCCCAGUCUUGCCUUGCAUUCAAUUAUUGACUUAUUGUUUCAAAAUUUGUGAACAAAUUGUUGAAAUGACCAGAACAUCUAUUUGCACCAUCUUCUGAUGCAGGUCGAUAAACAAAAAUUAGACAAGGUGGCUGAGCACCCUGCCAGUCCCUUUUUGAGGUUUGAUUUUGACUAGCACUGAGUAAAAGGACAAAAACUUUCUUCUGAUGCAUGUUAAGGAUAUUGCUGAGUAUAAAGUGUUGGAUGGGGAAAGCUCUUCCUUUCCUCCCAAUUCAUUACUUGCUGUCAGUGAUGUCCACCUGCAGGCUCCAAAGAUGGUGAGAGAAAUUGAAAUGUCUCAACCAGAAUGUUGAUCAGUUGUGUCUUACUCUGUAGUGCCGUAUUUGACCUGCAGCUUGAUAUUUAUACCAGGUGCCUGAAAUGUGCAGGUACUUGCCCCCAGUUCCUUGGCAUAAAUUUUAUCAAAUUAAGGUAAAUGAUUACUGAAUGCAGGCAAAGAUUGGGAGUGUAAUAUUUGUUUUUAGCUGGAACCUUCACAUUUGAAAUUUAAAAGCGGGUCAUGAGGGUUUUGAAGUCAAGUCCACCUAUUAAUGUUGGAGAAUGUUCACUGUUCACUGGCAACCUGAAAUAAUUUGUGUUUUUCUGUACUUAAGAUGCUUUUAACCUGUACUAUUAAUGCGGUAGUCACCUAAAGCACAUGUCACUUUUCAGAUACCUCAUUGGGGAAACUUAAUGUUGACAUACUUCAAGCUUGUGGAAGUUAUGAACAAAUGUUUUUAAACUGCUUUGAUUUGGGGGGGGGGGAGAACCUUUCCCUGAAUAUUUACAUUGAACUAUUUUUAAAAUGUCUGUCUGAAACCUACUGAUUUAGUUGACCUGUAAAUGAAGCAUGGUGCAUUUUACUUCGGUAGACCUGUGCUACCAGCUUCACACCUGGUAUCUAUAUCACCUGAGCACCAUGCCCACAAGACACUUGCCUUGCUCGCUGUUGGCCAGUUCGUCAUGUCAGCAAAGUAUUGAUGGAUUGUCAAGUUCUUUGGAGCUCAUUAUUUAGAUCUGAAUUAUUUGUUACUACAAAAGGGACAUUGUAAUAUUUUUAAAAAAUAUUUGUUUGACAAAAUGUAAAGCUUUUGUAUUGAUCUCUUUUAUAGCCCAGUUUGAUUGCUGUCACUCACCUUAGUUUAGUUUAAAUGGGAUUUUAUUUGAAGAAAGAGAUUUUAGAUUUCUUACCAGCAUCUAAAAUUGGGGUUCAGUCACUGCAAUGGAGUUUGUGGUUGUAAUUCUAUUUAAUUCUGUAUGGUAAUGCAAUGCAGUAUGAUCAAUGGCCAUGUAUUAACAUAUCCCAUUAUUACUAAGAAUAAAGCUAUGGUUGUGUCA